AUGCGCCGCAUCUCUUGUCGCCUGCCCCUCCUCGUCAUCCUCUUGGUCGCCUCGCCUUUCUGCGCAGCUCAGAGCACAACAACCCCAGACGCGCCUAGCUCAGACCCUGUCGCGGGUGUGCUCCCCGGUGCCGCGGCAAGCGCGGUCGUCGCCGCGAGUGACGACGGGGAGGGGUACUACAUGGAGGAGACACCGGCGAUCAAGCAGCUAGUGACGCGCCUGGAGCGCAUCGCGGGGACCAUCAAGAACCCCUGGGAGGUGCUGCUGCACCUCAACGACCUCUUCGCCACCAGCGACGCCGCUGCCGGUAGCAGCAGCGGCGGAAAGGUGGGCGUGAACGCGGUGUCGCCCCUGGCAGAUGGGUGCCCCGCCACCAAGGCGCAGAUGACCAAGGAGGUGUCGCGGCUGGCGUGGAGGCUGCACUUCCGGCCCAUCAAGUACACCAUCAUGGCGCGCUUCUUCAGGAACCUCGCCAAGAACGCCAAGGAGAACGGCGCGGACCUGACGGGGCUGGGGUGCCGCACGUACUUCAUCCCGUCCAACUUCGCGCUGAUGAACGUGAUCGCCAAGGGCGCGGGCGACGUCAGGUACCUGCUGCUGGCGCCGCUGUACAACAUCAUCAACGGCACGUACCACUUCGACAAGCUGCGGCGCAUGCCGCACGGCGCCACCAUGCCCACGUUCAUCCCCGACUACCCCAUCGCCAAGUACUUCACGCCCGUCACGCCGCUCGCGCUGCUCACAUUGGGCGGCUCCAUCGUGGCCGUGGGCACGCCCGGCGCCAAGACGAUCUUGGCGCGGCUGUCGUGGGCGCAGAUCAAGGACCGCGACAUCCACUGCGGCAAGUACCUGGCGGCGCACGGCGUCAGCACCAUGGUCAUCCCGCGCGUCAAGCUCAACAACUGA